GGUAUUGGCUCCAAACUCCCGCCCGGAAAUAUAACAUUGUUUUACGCAAACUACUGUAUUGCGGUCGCGUUUAACGUCGGUUUUCAUUCCCACUAUGGCAGAAACAAACACAAUGGAGCCCAAGCUUGAUGACUUGCUUGCAAACGAGGAGGAUCUUGAGAACAUUUUGUGCGUGCUGGCCGGAAGUGACCCAGAAAACUGCUCUUAUUCCCGGGGCUACGUGAAGAGGCAGGCUGUGUUUGCAUGCAACACAUGCACCCCCAAUGCUGCAGAGCCUGCUGGUGUUUGUCUGGCUUGUGCCAAUAAGUGCCAUGAUGGCCAUGAUAUCUUUGAAUUGUAUACCAAAAGAAAUUUUCGUUGUGAUUGCGGAAACGGCAAGUUUGGGGAUUUCCGAUGUCAACUCAUUCCGACCAAAGAUAAGGAAAACAUCCAAAACCUUUACAGUCACAACUUCUCCGGCUGCUACUGCACAUGUGAUCGUCCGUAUCCCGACACGGAUGAUCAGGUCAACGAUGAGAUGAUUCAAUGUGUCGUCUGCGAGGACUGGUUUCACACCAGGCAUCUACAUUGCACCGUGGAGGAACCGGAGGAGCUGCAGGAGAUGGUAUGCGAGGCCUGCAUGAACAAGGCUCCUUUCUUGUGGACGUAUGCCGCCCACUUUGCAGUUUCACGCCAGAAGGAUGAAGACGGUGACGUUAAAGGAGAGGAAACGCGGCAAGACUUGACUAAAAUUAGAGAUGAGGAACCUUCCACCAGCCUUGAGCACAAAGAUCAGGAGGGACAAGAAACCAAAAACUUUCCUUGUAAACGGAGCCAUGAUGAAAUGACAGCUGAUCCCGGGAAAAGCAAAACGCCGGCUUGCAAGCUGAAAGAUCUCCGGUCUGGGACUAUGGAGGGACCUAGACGAGGGGCUGUGUUCUGGCCUUACAGUUGGCGCUCUGAGCUGUGUACCUGUACCAGCUGCAAGAGGGCGUACGUCGCCGCACAGGUUCACUUCCUCAUGGACGAAUCGGAUACGGUUCUAGCCUAUGAGAACAGAGGCUUGGAUGAGCCAUUCGGGCAACACCCGCUUAUGGCUGUGACGAGUUCAAUGACCAGAGUACAACAACUAGAGUUCAUUUAUGGCUACAAAGAGCUGACAACUGCAAUCACAGCAUUUUUGCACCAGUGUGCUACUGAAAAAAAGGUGGUGACCCCUGAAGCUGUACAUCAGCUUUUUGAGGAGCUACAAGCUAGAAAAAGACGCAGAAUCAACACAGGGUACCAGUAACCAAAUGGGUGACACAUCGAUGCUGCCGCCGCCGUGUGGUGCUUGGACUAAAAGUGUGAAUUUGUCACCUUCCUUCCCACCCCCACCCAAUAAAAAAGGGGUGUUUAUGCUGCAACCAAUGAAGUUAGAAGAAAUAGUGAAAAGCAUCACAAUCACAUUUGUGGUGUAUGUUUCUGUUAAAGAUGCCUUAUCCUUGAAGAUGAAUAAAAAAAAAAAACAGUUGUGACUAGUAGCUAUUUUAUGCAUGAGCGUUUGUGACCAAGUUUGUUUGUCUGUUAAGGACUCCUGAUGCUGCUUUAAUGUUUACAUGGAGAGAAAGAUACAGUAAAGACUAAUGGCAACUAUUUCCCUCAGAGA